AUGGACUGGCCCAAUAGCCCAAACAUUGCAACACCUUCUGCUUCGAAGGGGGUUGGUGGCAACGGAAAAGAGAGAGAAGAGGAACAAGACGGCAUGUCCGUACACUCUCAAUGCAAAGCUCCUCCUUCCUCUGCUUCCUCUCUCCCUAAGGAGCAAUCACAGGUGGAAUUGGAGCUAAGACUUUUAGAAGCGCUUGAAAUUUACCCUCCAGUCAAACUAAGAGGCAUGCAUCGCCAUUUUGUACUUUAUGGUCUGAUGGAAUUUCUUCGGAGAAGCUUUGAUCGACAAUUUUCUCCAGAUGAGGUUUUGCAGUUGCUGGACCGUUUCUAUAACAUUGAAAUGCUGAAACCAGAUGAUGAAGAGGCAGAAAUUCUGAAUCACGAGGAAGAUUUUUCCUUGCCUCAAAGCUAUUUUGUAAAGGAAGAGUGA